AUGAGCACACGACUGGCGAUGUUGUGCGCCGUGCUGGCCGUCGGCGCAUCCUGCAUGCCGUCAGCACACGCCCAAGGCUCGGCGCAGAAGGACGCAGCGGCCGCCCGGGCGUUCUGCCUCAGCCCCGCCUUCAGGAAGCUCAGCUGCGCGUACAACGGCUUGAUGGGCGCUGACGAGGCGAAGGCCACCACGGCAAACUCCUGCCCGCUGUGCGGCACCGUCUUCGCGGCCCUGCCGGAGCCGUCGACCCUGCCAAAGGUCGUCACCGGCCACAUCAGCUAUGACCAGUACGCAAGCAGCCUCGUCUCAUUGGCCUGCAAGGGUGACGCCGUCGUCCGCAGCGUUUUUAACUACACCAAGUUCGACGACUCGGCCGCGCCGGCCGGCGGCGGCAAGGAGUGCGCGUACGCCAGCCUCGCACCCGGCACCCCAGACGUCAAGUCCACCCCUAUCGUGCGCUGCCAGCUCGAGCUGCCGGCCGGGCCCGAGCCCGAGGCCGUGCGCGCGACGCGGGCCAAGGAGGGGCGCUGCUGGAAGUGCGACGCCUGCAGCGACGGCGGCGGCUGCCCGGCGGCGAAGGGGCAGUGGUACAGCGACUCGACCGUCUUAUCGGGCCUCAAGGGCUGCAGUGCAGACUUCAGUAAGGGCUACUCGCCCGUCCUGGCCGGCAUCCACGUCAAUCCUAACACCGCGUUCCUCCUGGCCAAGUUUGAGAUCUGCAACGGCGCGAGCUGCUUCAACCCCGCGGCCGAGGCCGCCAAGCGCAAGGCGGCCAAGCGCUGCGUCAACGGAGUCUGCUAG